AUGUCCGUCGCCCGAUCUGAGCUCAAGUUCCGCGCUCCUCCGUCAAUGCGAUUGAGUGACGGCUCAACUAACUCUAAAACAUUUCGCCCAGAACAUAAUCACGCCAUCACCACAUCUCUGGACCGAGCACGAGAUCGGUUCGCGGUCACAGGCAAUGCCAUUGUGACUGGGGGUGCUGGGGAUAUUGGAUCUGUUGCCUGUCGAGCUCUGCUUGAACAUGGACUCCAGGGACUAGCUAUCUUUGACCUGCAUCCUGAUGCUGGGCAAAUGAUAGUCACCAGUCUUCAGAGCGACUUCCCUGAAGCAAAGAUCACGUUUACCAAAGUUGAUGUGACAGAUUCCAAGUCCGUCACAGCCGCCGUUGCGAACGCAGAGCAAGUCAUCGGUCCUAUCAACAUCUGCCUUUGCUUUGCUGGCAUCGCCUUUGCUGCACAAGCUUUGGACAUUACUCCACAACAAUUCAAGACCAUGUUUGAUAUCAACACCACGGGUGCAUUCCUGGUAGCUCAAGCUGUUGCGAAGUCUAUCGCAAGCAGAGAAACAGGUGGCUCCAUCAUUCUAAUGGCGAGCAUAUCAGCCCACAUAGUAAACUUUCCCCAGCCUCAAGUUCACUAUAACGCGGCGAAGGCCGCCAUCAUCUCUAUGAAAAGCUCACUUGCCGCAGAGUGGGCGGUACAUGGUAUUCGUGUCAAUAGUAUCAGUCCUGGAUACAUGGAUACUAUUCUGAAUGAGGGGGACGGUUUGGCAGAGCAUAGAGCUAUCUGGGCAAAGAGAACCCCAUAUGGCCGUAUGGGGAAACCGGAGGAACUCACGGGUGCUGUUGUCUUGCUCGCCAGCAAAGCAGGUAGUUACAUCACGGGCGCAGAUAUCCUUGUAGAUGGUGGGAUUAGCGUUUUUUAG